UGCUUAUUUCUGAGCUUCAUUUUUUUUUUCUUUUUUCUUUUCUCUUCUUCCUCUGUGUGCGCGUUUUCUUGGAUGUGUGCUCAUGUUGACGCCGGCCCGAGGAGGAAGAGGUAUAGGAACAGGAAGAUAAAAAGAGGAGGAGGAGGAGGAGGAGGAGGAGGAGGAGGAGGAGGGAGGAGGAGGAGGAGGGAGGAGGAGGAGGAGGGCACGGAGGGAGAGAGCAAGAUUCACAGCGAUGACGUCGUGCUGGUUCGUCAGGGAUUCUAUGAAGGCCAUCUUCAGACAGUGUUGCAAUCGAACUGUGCAAGGUCGCAGGGCUUCUACGCCAUGAGAGGUGGGAGAGGUGACAAGCCUUCGUCAAGGUCGUUGGUUAUGGUCGGCAAUGAUGGCUCUUGUCCUUCACGCUGCAACGGGAAGACUGCUUCAAUCAGGUGCCACUCUUCAUGCAGGUGUCAUCACCGCCGCAGCCUGCGACUGAAGAAGCAACCCAUCAGUGUCAGGAAGGGCCCGACGGCAUACCCCAACAGGAAGGGGUUGGUAAGCCCCAUUAUAGCCUGUGGGACUCAAGUUGCAGCUUCACCACAUGCUGCCGGUCUUCACGAGGAGGAGCCACCUGUGACCCACGCUUUCCCCCAUGGAAGGGGGUUUAAUUUCGAGACAGGAGCCAGCAGCAGUGCAACGGAUGUGACCGGGACGACUCAUAACAAUUGCAAGAGAACAAUGAAUCAUUUGUUGCUAGAAGCCUUUCGCGAUGAAGAACGUCGCCUCUCAAAGGAAGAUUUUCUGACAUUGUUCGCAUAUGUCUGUAGCGAGUGCAGCUGGGAGCUGGCCUUAAAGGUCUUCAGAUCCAUGCAGAGGCAGCGGUGGUUUUCGCCCAACCCUCGGUGGUAUGCGAAGAUAAUUGCAGCAGUGGGGAGAGGAAAGCAAGCAGAUGCAGCGCUGGAGUUGUUUGAAGAGCUGCAGUCGUUGGGUCAACCAGUCACAGUGUACAUGUGCAAUGCCCUACUCAUCGCAUAUGGAAACAGCAAGCAGACUGAUACAGCACUAGUUCUUCUAAGGCAUAUGCGAACUCUUUGUGGAUGUAUACCUAACACGUCUAGUUACAACACAGUCAUGAGCUUCCUGGGAAAGGAAGGAAAGUUGGAUGAUGUCAAGGCACUGUUCAGAGAGAUGCAGUCCAAUGGGUGCCAACCGGACACGUACACGUACAAUUCGUUGAUCGCCGGUUAUGGAAGGUCAGGGCAAUACGACGAGAUGAUGAGCGUGGCGAAGAUGAUGAGGAGCGUAGGGAAGACCUUGGAUAUCACGAGUUACAACUCUCUCUUUACGUGGCUUGGAAAAGCUGGCCUGCUCAAAGACCUGGAGGUGGUGUACAGAGAAAUGAAGAAGGACGGUUGCAGCCUGAACACCCGAACAUCCAAUACUUUGCUUAACGCAUUCGCAAUCGCCGGUCUUGUCGACAACAUGGAGGAGGUGUUCUCAGAGAUGCAGCUGUCAUGCCGCCCAGAUCGCUUCUCCUUUCUGUGCUUAAUAAAAGGUUAUGCAACGACGAAGAAGUUGUCGAAGAUGCAGGCAGCACUCGAUGCCAUGUACCGGGAGGGUUUUCAACUAGAUCUGGCCUCGUAUUGUCGUAUUCUGGAUGCAUGCUUGGACACUGGGAGGAAGGGGAUCCUCAGGACUUUGAGAAGGCGGCUAGGAAUGCCUGUCGAUGAAGAAGGGCUGCCAAUCGCUUAUGAUCAAUAUCUGAAGACUUGGGUCGUUGCCUACGCCAAGGCAGGGGACAUAAGGGAAUUACAAUCCGGUUUACGGGAGCUUCAGACGUCCGGUUUGGAAUUGGAUCAAGUGGCUUACGGGGCGAUCAUCGAUGCUUAUGGAGGAGCAUCCCUCUUUGCAGAGAUGGAGCAAACCUUGGAGAAGCUGCUUGAGGUGUGUGAGAAUGGGGGUGACCGUUGUUCAGAGAGUUCGGUGCUCGUCAGGGCGAUGAAUGCUGUCAUCGGGGCGUAUGGGAGAGUGGGCAAGGUAAAGGAUAUGGAACGGUGUUGGGAACGCUUGAAGGAGACUGGGGUGAGACCGAAUGCAGAGACUUUUGUUGCCAUGCUGAAGGGCUAUCUGAAAGCGAAGACGCACGCGAAGAUGGAGGAUGUGCUCGAGGUUAUGCGCCAGUCGAACAUCGCUCCCAGUGAGAGAAUCUACAACCUUCUUCUGGUUGCUUACGGGAAGACGGGCAACGUUGCGCAGAUGGAGGCUGUGGUUCGAGAAAUGAGAGCCGCGGGCGUUGCGAUGACAGAACCUGCUACGUUCGGUUGUUUGCUGGGCUCCUAUGUAGCAGCUGGACGGUACGAAGAAGUCCCGACCGUCUUGAAAACAAUGGAUGCAUGCAGAUGUGCCCCUGAUGCACGCAUGUUAGCAAUGCUGAUAUCGUUCUCUGCAGCGUGUAAGCGUUCAGGAGAUGCACAGACAAUCAUAGCGUGCUUUGAGUGGCUUGCGAGCGGACGAUUUCAUGUGUUCUACAAGCUGCUGCUUCUUCCAAGUCUUGAGGUAGGUGGCAGAUUGCCAAGAAAACCUAGGUCGGAAUUGGUGCAAGAAUCCAACGGUUACGAUGAAGACCGACACCAAAGACUGCAGGAUAUAAAAUGCAUGUACCACUGUUUGCAGGAUGCAUUCGGUAACGAUAAACAGUCAGUCAUGGGUGUUUGUCAUGCAGUAAUUGAGUUUGCUUGGAUAAGGGGUCUUCACCUGCUUGCCGCAGAUGUGGUCUUUAUUGGUGUCGAACGAGGGGUCUUUUCGGAGGACAUGUAUUGCACGGGGAGUGGAGCAUGGCUGCUCGAUCUGCGAAGGGCCUCUCUCGCAUCAGCUGAAGCGUUGUUGAUGGCAUGGUUUGCUGACAUAAAGCAAAAGACGGGGAGAAACGUAGUGCCGAUACCAGCUGUAGCGCAGGUGAUAGUAGGUUGGGGCAAGCUUAGCAGAAAUAAUGGGCAUUCGCCGUUGAAACAGUCUGUGAAAAGGGUUUUGGAUAAGUUGGGCUCCCCUUUUAAGUGUCCAGAAUUUAGUGGGGGUUGUUUUGAGGCUCAGGGAACUCUGGUUCAUGACUGGCUUGCAGAUUUGGAGGAGAUGUUCGCAGCGCUGUGUCAAGUGAAUGGAGAUUUGCCACACGAUGUUCUGCUGGAGGGAGAGGAAACCUACGAUGGUUGGGAUGAUGAGCUUUAUGAGCUGAUCUCUUUGCCACAGCGGGAUGAGAUUGACAGAGCGCGGGCGAUCGCCGCUUUCUACGACUGCGUGGAGAUGCUGCAGCAGGUCAAAGACAUGUUUGCUGGCCUUCUAGCGAAGAGACAUGCGGGAGGUUUGCCAGGUAGUCAGACACGGACAGCAUCGACAGCAUCAAUAUCAUUGAUAACAUCAUCAAUAUCACCGAUAUUAGCAGCACUGCCAUCGACCGCAGGUACAUCAUUGGUGGUUGAUACGGCUUCAUUGCCAAUUGCAUCUAUCGCAGUGACUGCAUCAUUAACAGCAUCUACAACAACAUUAUCAUCAAAAGUAACAGCAGUAUCAGCAAUGGCUACACAGUUAGAGCCCACAAUGGCUAUGCUGUUAACUACAACAUCUAUGGAGGUGGCAUCAUCAAAUGAUCCUGGCUGUGUCUGGCAACGUGAGAUGUUUGCGCAGGGUCAUGCUCCACGGGGGUUGGAAGAGGGGCUGCCCCCUUACGUGGAGUUCGCGGAUCUGAAGUUGGGCGGCCGCAAGAUCCUUGAGGAGGGACAAGGGUUUGGCGGGUUUGGCAAAAAUGAUGAUGAAGAUUUCGGGAAUGGCUUCUGGGCCAGCUGCUUCAUCGUUGGAGAUGCGGGCAGGAACGAUGAUGCUCUCCAAGACAAGAACAACAACAAGUGUGAUGCAGCAUGUAUCGAUCUAAUCAGUAGCAACAACCAAAUUGCCGCCGAUAUUGGGGGACUAGUGAGUGUGAGUUGCUUGGCUUUCUUUCUGCCUCCCCUCGGGCCUGUUGUGGGGCAUGAUUGGGGUUGGGGGCGAGAGGGGCGGGGGAUCGUAUUGCUCUGCGAGCAGGAAGGCCAAGCGGGGAGGUGGGAAAGGGGCGGGGCAUCGUGUUGCUCUGCGAGCAGGAAGGCCAAGCGGGGAGGUGGGAAGUGGGAGGGAGGCGUGAAGGGGUGGGAUAGGGAUGGGUUUCAUGUCCUUUUCCUCGGGUGGAUUGGCCGAUUGCGUCGGCUGGGUAGCUGAUAUAAAGCUUUGUCUCUCCGUGUGAGGUCUCGGCUUAAUUGCUGGA